UUUUCCUCUUCUACUUCUCCACCAUAUGGCUGGGCUGGCUGCCACUAGCGAUUCUCCCGCUGCGUCAGUCGAAUAAAGGCUGCAGAAGCCUCUCUGUCUGGGUUUUAUUUUAUCAGUCUCUUUCUUCUUCUUCUUCUUCGUUGACUCCGCUUUCCUUUUUGUAUGGAAGAAGAAGCAUCAGCUUGAAUAUUACUCUCUCUCUCUUACUUUUACUUCUUCCUUCAAGCAGCAUAAGCAUGGCAAUCGGUGGCUUGAUUUCAAACAGGAACUUGGGCUCCUUCAUCGCCUCAGGCAUCAAUAGUAGUCAGAAUGAAACAUGUAUUUUGCCCCGGAGACCAGGCAACAGAGUCUCCUUGCUCCCUUAUAGAAACUCAAUUGCAUUUUGCCCUUCUCCUCGACCAAGGCAGAUUUCAUCUCUCCAAGCUACUUUAAAUCAUCAAUUUGGACACAGGAGAAGAGCUUUUGGAUCUUUCCUUCUACCAGGAAUGGGCACUAGACUUAGGUUUAGGGACAAAUCUCGUGCUUCCUAUAAAUCUGAGGAGUCCGAUAUCACUGAAGGAGUUGUUGACUCACUGCCGUCUCCCGAUGGCUCUGCUGAAGCUAUCUUAGUCCAAGGAAAUCUACAGAACGCUUCCCCAUGGUGGCAACAGUUCCCUCGACGCUGGGUCAUCGUCCUCUUAUGCUUUGCUUCCUUUCUUCUUUGCAAUAUGGACCGUGUGAACAUGAGCAUUGCCAUUCUUCCCAUGUCUCAAGAAUAUAACUGGAACAGUGCAACUGUUGGCUUGAUUCAGUCCUCUUUCUUCUGGGGCUAUUUACUUACUCAGAUUCUGGGAGGUAUCUGGGCAGAUAAGUUUGGCGGGAAGGUGGUUUUAGGUUUUGGUGUUGUCUGGUGGUCCAUUGCCACUGUUAUGACACCUAUUGCUGCAAAACUUGGUCUCCCCUUUUUGCUUGUCGUGCGGGCCUUCAUGGGCAUUGGCGAGGGUGUUGCUAUGCCUGCUAUGAACAACAUGCUUUCUAAAUGGAUCCCUGUCUCAGAGAGAAGCAGAUCUCUUGCACUAGUCUAUAGUGGCAUGUAUCUCGGUUCUGUUACAGGACUCGGUUUCUCUCCUAUGCUAAUCCACAAGUUCGGAUGGCCAUCAGUUUUCUAUUCGUUUGGCUCUCUUGGAAGUAUAUGGUUUCUGCUAUGGCUAAAAUAUGCAUAUAGCUCUCCCAAAGAUGAUCCUGAGCUAAGUGAAGAAGAAAAAAAGAUCAUACUUGGAGGUAGCAAACCAAGGGAACCUGUUACAGUCAUUCCAUGGAAGCUGAUUCUUUCUAAACCCCCUGUCUGGGCUCUCAUAAUUUCGCAUUUCUGCCAUAAUUGGGGAACAUUCAUACUAUUGACAUGGAUGCCCACAUAUUACAAUCAGGUCUUGAAGUUCAACCUCACUGAAUCAGGGCUCCUAUGCGUCUUACCAUGGUUCACCAUGGCUGUAUUCGCUAAUAUUGGAGGUUGGAUUGCUGAUACUCUCGUGAGCAGAGGUCUUUCAAUUACAUCCGUUCGGAAGAUCAUGCAAUCAAUUGGUUUUCUGGGUCCUGCAUUCUUCCUGUCUCAGCUGAGCCGUGUCAAAACUCCAGCAAUGGCGGUUCUCUGCAUGGCCUGCAGUCAGGGCUCUGAUGCAUUCUCUCAGUCGGGUCUCUACUCUAAUCAUCAAGACAUUGGUCCACGCUACGCUGGUGUACUAUUGGGACUUUCAAAUACAGCAGGAGUCCUGGCUGGUGUUUUUGGCACUGCAGCUACUGGUUAUAUCCUCCAACGAGGUUCAUGGGACGAUGUGUUCAAAGUAGCAGUUGGACUGUAUUUAGUUGGAACUCUGGUUUGGAACUUGUUCGCAACCGGAGAGAAGGUUCUCGACUAGCCAGCAGCCGAUGAUCGUUUUGAUGAACAAAGUAGCCAAAAUUACUGGAGUGAAAUGGUGUGAGGAAAGCUCUCUAUAUCUUUUCUCUUCUUUAAAUUUGAUCUGAUAGCGAAGUGGGCUCCCUUUGCUUAUUAAGAAAAUGUAUUCUUAUUUUUGGGACUUUUUUAAAGCUCAAAAUGUAAAGCUCACAUAAGAAAAAAAGGAAAACAACCAAACUGUGUAUGAAUGUAUUAUUCCAUUUUUAGAGUAUUUAGCUCUUACAAAAUUGACCAAUAUUUUUACUUUUU